AUGUCCGCUGAAUCGGAUGCUCACCACAUGCCGCAGCUGGCUAGCCGCGGUGUCCAUUUUGGCCAUGUCAGAUGCGGGCAACCAACUCUUUCGCAAGCGCACAUGUUGCUCGCACACCUGCACACGCAAGUCAAGGACCUCGACAAGGGCGCUUCGCAAAACAGCAAUCUGUUCAGCUUCAUUUACGUUGUUCCCAACCAGCGCAGCGUAAUUGACGCGACCGACUAUCUAAAGAACGCGCUGGUCGGGUGCCGCGUAAGUCGCAACAAGGUCGUCUCGCAACCCAACACGCUAUGCGUUGUCGACUACAACACUGUUUCGGAGCUCAAAGCCGUCACAAUCACGCGUCGUACCUUGAUUGUGUUUGACCUCAAUUGUGGUUGGGUAACCGCGUCGGCCGUCAGCUCUCUGGCACUCGUUCUUGAACGCAUCAAGGCUAUGUUCACCACUCAAGAACCAAGUCAGCUGGCCAUCACCUGUCUGGCCGUAUCAGCUUCACCCGAACACGCAUGGUCAGAGGCUAAAAUUCAAAAGGAAUUUCAAGUCAAGCCUCAGGACUACAUAUGUGAUUGGAGGCGCCGCCCUCAUCUUCAGCCACAAGUUGUGCCAGUGGUAUGCCCGAACCCAAAGGGCACGACACAAGUGGAUUGGACGAGCGACCUCGUUAUCCGCGCUCUGACUCAUCCGAAUCGGACGCCUUCGUUUGAGAAGCUCGUCAUCGUGUGCCCGGUCAGUGGUUGGCCUGAGCGCGACGCAAUCAUGGCACGUAUCCGCGCAAAAUGUGAUCGCGCCAUUCAGAACCAAGUCCAACAGGUGUUUUGGUCCCCGAUAAACGAACGAGUCUUCCAGUAUCUUGAUAGGGAGGCCCUUUCCAGGUCAGACGGACGUCGCUUUACGAUUGUCUUUGCCACGUCCGACGUUCGUUUCCAGCAGCCCUUCCCUUCUAACUGCCAAACGAUAUACAUUCUGCCACAAGAAAUGGAUCGUCAUUUUUUUGAUCCAUCCUCGAGCCAUAUUGUCAAGACCCAGUCAAGGAUUCAAUACCACGACAUCAUCUCGGCACUCCGAGUCGGAGGCUCCUGUCACAUGGUGACAGAAAUCCAAAUCGCGUGCUUUGACAAUGAGCCGAUCCCCGAAGACAUCCCUGCAGACGAUGUUGUGCAGCCCGCCUGGGGCAGCGAAAUCAUGUCCACGCUCAUCAAUCUAUUCCAACACUUUGCAUAUCCCAGCCAGAGCCUGCUUGCUCUGCCCCACGACGGAUUCAUGACCUGCGAGUUGGCCUCACGGCUAUUCAGAAUGGGCCUUGUUCACAAGAUCUCGAGUGGGGGAUACGCGCUGACGGAUCGUGGCCAGCGGUUGACGGCGCAGUUCCGGCGUGUCCCAGCAAGCAGCUUCGCGGCUGCCUUUCUUCUUUCCUCCAUCACACCCACCACCUCGCGUCCCACGCUGGAUGCAGUGCUACACACGGUUGGUGUGCUGCUUCAUUUCGACCAUGGCAGGAAAACACUGGUCGCAUUUGACCCAAAAGACCAAGGAGUCACCUCUGAAAACGCUGGAAUCGUCGCCGGAUGGGCCCGACCUCUGGUCACUCGCGGAGCCCUUUACACAACAGUGGCUGUCCGUGAUUAUCUGGACCAAAACUUUCAGCCAGAAGAUCUCGAGAAGCCAAUCAAGCUGUCUACCGGCACCUUGAUAAAAGUUGCCCAUAAGCUCUACAGUCGCAUUAGCGACCGCGUUUCCAGUCUCCGAAAGCUGGUUCCUCCCACACAAAGUGAUGACGGGAACCAGGUUGACGCAGACGCAAUCGAAAGAGAUCUGCUCUUAGUCCACCUUUAUAACCUGGUGCAUUUCACUGCGUCAUCGACCGUCAAGGCAGUGGACGUUGUCUCCGGAAUCCCCUUUUCUGGCCUUUCGAGCAAGGCUAGCAAUGACGACGUGGGCUCCUUCGCGUUUUACCUUGGCAUCAAUCUGGACUAUGGCGUGCAUGUCGCUCACGGCAUGAUAUCUGUGCCACGAACCGUCGUUUACGAAGUCCUCAAGGAGGUGUUUCCUGAGUCGAAGAACUCGGGCUUUGAGGAGCUGCUACGUUGCCUUCGCACGGGUUAUCCCAUGCGCCCAACGCCUAUGGAAGAAAAUGAGUCAAGAAAAUAG